AUGUCAGACCCGGGCGGUUCGCCGAGUUCAUCACCACCAGCUCCACCAGCCGAUUCUUCUCCGCCGCCGGAAAAUUCGUCGGAGAAAUCCGCUCCUCCACCAACUUCAUCAUCAUCACCGCCGCCACCGUCCGACGCCCAACCGUCGCCUCCUCCUCCAAAUUCAAAUUUUCCUCGGCUGCCUUUUUUUCCUCCACUAUUCGCCAGACCGCCUCCGCCUCCUGUCGAAUCUCCACCGGCAGACUCAAUCAACUCUCCGCCGCCUCCAGAAUCCACCAAUUCGCCUUCCCCUCCUACAAAUUCAGAAACACCACCGGCUCCGCCAACCGAAUCCGGUAACCCUCCUCCAUCUCCAGACGCCCAAUCGCCUCCGUCACCGUCAUCUCCAACAAAUCCAGAACAACCACCACCGUCAGAUUCUCCUCCAGCUCCACCGUCAGAUCAAACCAAUCCACCUCCAGCCCCAACAUCAGACCCAACGCAACCUCCCCCAACUCAACCAUCAGAACCAAUCAAUUCUCCUCCGGCCGACCCAAACUCCCCGCCGACCCCAUUCCUCGCAUCACCACCCAGACCCAACGGCGCUCCCGGCGGAUCCGUCGUCUCUCCAAACCUCAGAGUCCCCACCAGCAGAGAAACACCUCCCACAAACAACAACAACGGAAACAGCUUCCAAGGUAAAACCAUGGUCGGUGUGGCCGUCGCCGGAUUCGCAAUCGUGGCGCUCAUCGCCGUCGUCUGCUUAGUCAGACGAAAGAAAAAGAAAAACAUGGAUAGCUAUAACCAUUCACAGUACUUGCCACACCAAAAUUUCUCUGUAAAAUCAGAUGGAUUUAUGUACGGUCAAAAUCCGAGUAAAGGCUUCUCCGGUCCAGGUGGCUCAAUGAUGUACAAUUCACAGCAGCAACAUUCCGGUAUGGGGAUGAACAUGAACAUGAACAUGAACAACAGCUACGGGAGCCAAUUCGGAGGAAGCCAUCAGCAAAUGCACUCCGGCGCAAUGCCUGACUCUGCGAUCCUCGGAAGCGGACAGACUCAUUUCAGCUACGAGGAGCUUGCGGAGAUAACGCAAGGCUUCUCUCGUCAGAACAUUCUCGGAGAAGGAGGGUUCGGAUGCGUCUACAAAGGCACGACGCGCGACGGUAAAGCCGUUGCGAUUAAGCAGCUUAAAGCCUCUAGCGGAGGAGGAGGAGGAGACGGCGGUUUCAAGGCCGAGGUUGAGAUCAUCAGCCGCGUUCACCAUCGCCAUUUGGUGUCUCUUGUUGGUUAUUGUAUUGCGGAUAUGCAUAACUUGCUUAUCUAUGAGUAUGUCUCGAAUCAAACCCUGGAGCAUCAUUUGCACGGGAAGGGAAUGCCGGUUUUGGAGUGGUCUAAGAGAGUCCGGAUUGCUAUUGGAUCAGCUAAAGGAUUGGCUUAUCUGCAUGAAGACUGUAAUCCAAAGAUCAUUCACAGGGAUAUAAAGUCAGCAAACAUUCUGUUGGAUGAUGAAUUUGAAGCUCAGGUUGCUGAUUUUGGACUUGCGAGACUCAAUGAUACAACACAAACACACGUAUCAACUCGUGUUAUGGGGACCUUUGGGUACCUGGCGCCGGAAUAUGCACAAAGUGGAAAACUGACGGAUAGAUCCGAUGUUUUCUCGUUCGGGGUUGUUCUCUUGGAGCUUGUAACGGGACGGAAACCAGUAGACCAGAGUCAGCCUCUAGGAGAAGAGAGUUUGGUCGAAUGGGCACGCCCGCUGCUUAUCAAAGCCAUUGAGACCGGAGAUUUCAGCGAACUGGUUGAUAGCCGGCUCGAGAAACAUUACGUAGAGCAUGAAGUCUUCAGGAUGAUCGAGACAGCCGCUGCGUGUGUUAGACAUUCUGGUCCAAAACGUCCACGAAUGAUGCAGGUUGUGAGAGCAUUGGACAUCGACGACGACGAGACAGAUAUCAGCAACGGAAUAAAAGUUGGACAAAGCACAACUUAUGACUCAGGGCAAUACAACCAAGAUAUCAUGAAGUUCAGGAAAAUGGCGUUUGGUUUUGAUGAUAACGUAGAGUCAGGGAUGUACAGUGGGGAUUACUCUGUCAAAAGCUCAGCUGAUUUCUCAGGCAAUGAAUCUGAGACUCGACCUUUCAAUAACCGACGGUUUUAA